CAGAUCCUUGUCCUAGGAUACAACAUAAUGGCACCAUUAAAACACUCCCUAAUGAUUAUCGAGCUCAUGAGCUACCAGAAAUGGUGGAAAAAUGGACCAAGGAAUUGAAUGAAGCUGCAGAAAGACCAGAAAUUGUUUUUUUUUUUGAAGAAUUUCAAGCUGCAAAUAGAUGCCUAGAAAAAAAUGAUUAUAUUGAUUUAAUGGAUAAGAUUAAAGCAGGAUUAACAAAGGCCUUGGAUAUAUUUAAAAAGUGGAUGGAUAUAUGGACUCACUUGCCACUUUCAGUCUGUAAUUUAGGAGGUAACAAUGGUCAAACAUUUGCAUGGGCAGUUAUCUGUGUAAUAUUAGACUUUCCUCUGCCAAAUUUCUCUAAUAACCUUGUAAAAGCUAGGCUGAAACUCUCAGGACCUAAACCUUUAGAAUGUAUGCUUACUUCAAAGAAAUUAAAAGAAGUUCAUGCUCAUCAGCAUAUAAUUACUCCUAAUCCAAUAAAUUUGAACUUUGGUGAGGAGGCAACCAAAAAUAUAUUAAAACAUAUACUAAAAAAUAAAUAA